UUCGACGGGUCCCACCGAGGUUCUCUAUCCCCCCCACCAAUCAUGAGAUAAUGCCUGGCGGGAGUGUAAAUAUCACGUGUGUUGCGGUGGGGUCACCAAUGCCAUAUGUGAAAUGGAUGCUAGGAGCAGAAGAUUUGACACCUGAGGACGAUAUGCCAAUAGGGAGGAACGUCCUUGAGCUUAAUGAUGUCAGGCAGUCUGCAAACUAUACUUGUGUUGCUAUGUCUACCCUUGGUGUUAUAGAAGCAAUAGCACAGAUAACUGUCAAAGCCUUACCCAAACCUCCUGGAACACCUGUGGUAACAGAAAGCACAGCGACAAGCAUAACAUUGACUUGGGAUUCUGGAAACCCUGAGCCAGUUUCUUACUAUAUCAUCCAACACAAACCCAAAAACUCUGAGGAGCCAUAUAAAGAAAUCGAUGGGGUGGCCACAACUCGCUAUAGUGUGGCUGGCCUAAGCCCAUAUUCAGAGUAUGAAUUUCGGGUAGUUGCUGUAAAUAACAUUGGGCGAGGGCCACCCAGUGAGCCAGUGUCAACAAGGACUUCAGAGCAAGCACCUUCAAGUGCACCACGCAAUGUGCAGGCCCGAAUGCUGAGCUCUACCACCAUUUUGGUACAGUGGGAAGAACCUGAGGAACCUAAUGGACAAAUACAAGGUUAUAGAGUUUAUUAUACCAUGGACCCCACUCAACACGUCAACAGUUGGAUGAAGCACAAUGUGGCUGACAGCCAUAUUACCACUAUUGGGAAUCUGGUACCCCAGAAAACGUACUCUGUGAAGGUUCUUGCUUUUACUUCUGUUGGGGAUGGACCACUUUCUAGUGACAUUCAGGUCAUCACUCAAACAGGAGUGCCUGGUCAGCCACUGAACUUUAAAGCAGAACCUGAGUCUGAAACGAGCAUAUUACUUUCCUGGACACCUCCACGCUCUGAUACCAUUUCCAGCUAUGAACUGGUUUACAAAGAUGGGGAGCACGGGGAGGAGCAACGGGUUUCCACUGAACCUACUACAUCUUAUCGUCUGCAAGGUUUAAGGCCAAACAGCUUGUACUUAUUCCGUCUAGCAGCACGUUCUCCACAAGGACUGGGUGCUUCAACAGCAGAAAUUUCAGCGAGAACCAUGCAGUCAAAGCCAUCAGCUCCUCCUCAAGACAUUAGUUGCACAAGCCCCAGCUCCACUAGCAUUUUGGUAAGUUGGAAACCUCCACCGGUGGAAAAACAGAACGGCAUUAUCACUGAAUACUCCAUCAAGUACAUUGGGAUUGAUGGAGAAGAUGUCAAGCCCCAUGAAAUUUUGGGAAUUUCCUCGGACAGUACUCAAUACCUUUUGGAACAGCUGGAAAAAUGGACUGAGUACCGGAUCUCUAUGACUGCCCACACUGAUGUUGGACCUGGCCCAGAGAGCUUAGCAGUAUUGAUUCGGACAGAUGAAGAUGUUCCUAGUGGUCCUCCUCGCAAAGUCGAGGUAGAGGCUGUCAACUCUACUGCUGUUAAAGUGUCAUGGCGCUCGCCUGUACCCAAUAAGCAGCAUGGCCAGAUCCGAGGAUACCAGGUCCACUACGUGAGGAUGGAAAAUGGAGAGCCAAGGGGUCAUCCCUUGCUGAAGGACAUCAUGCUGGCUGAUGCACAGUGGGAAUAUGAUGAUACUACUGAACAUGAAAUGAUAAUUUCUGGGCUUCAGCCUGAAACUACAUACUCCUUCACUGUGACAGCCUAUACAACAAAAGGUGAUGGAGCACGCAGCAAGCCCAAACUCAUAUCUACUACUGGUGCAGUUCCAGGCAAACCUCGGCUUGUGAUUAGCCACACACAGAUGAACACGGCUCUAAUUCAGUGGCACCCUCCUGUGGACACUUUUGGCCCGCUGCAGGGUUAUCGCCUGAAGUUUGGUCGCAAAGACGUGGAUACAUUUACCACCAUGGAGUUCUCAGAGAAGGAAGAUCACUUCACGGCCACAGACAUUCACAAAGGAGCUUCCUACGUCUUCAGGCUCUCAGCUAGAAAUAAAGUGGGCUUUGGGGAGGAGAUGGUUAAAGAGAUUUCGGUUCCUGAAGAGGUACCCAGUGGAUUUCCCCAAAACCUCCACUCGGAAAGCUCUACUUCAACAUCAGUUCAAUUAACUUGGCAGAUGCCACUCUUGGCAGAGAGAAAUGGCAUUAUCACCAAAUAUACCAUCUUGUACAGAGAUAUCAAUGUUGCUUACCAGCCAGUUGAACUCCCUGUUGUUCCUGCACUUUCUGGCUUAAAACCAGAUACCACAUAUGAUGUAAAAGUACGUGCCCACACAAGCAAAGGGCCUGGUCCAUAUAGUCCAAGUGUCCAGUUCAGGACACUACCCGUGGAUCAAGCAGUGUUUGCAAAAAAUUUUCAUGUGAAAGCAGUAAUGAAGACUUCUGUUUUGCUGUCAUGGGAAAUUCCAGAAAAUUACAAUUCAGCCUUGCCUUUCAAAAUCCUUUAUGAUGAUGGGAAAAUGGUGGUGGAGGUUGAUGGACGUGCUACUCAAAAGCUGAUUACUAACUUGAAGCCAGAGACAUCAUAUUCAUUUGUGCUGACGAACAGAGGGAAUAGUGCUGGGGGUCUUCAGCACAGAGUGACAGCAAAGACUGCACCAGAUGUGCUUCGCACCAAGCCAGUCUUCAUUGGAAAGACCAACUUAGAUGGCAUGAUAACUGUGGAACUUCCAGAAGUACCUUCAAAUGAGAACAUAAAAGGUUACUACAUAGUAAUUGUGCCUUUAAAGAGGUCUCGUGGAAAGUUUAUCAAACCAUGGGAGAGUCCAGAUGAAAUGGAACUAGAUGAGCUGCUUAAGGAGAUAGCUAGGAAACGCAGAAGCAUUCGUCUUGGGAGGGAAGUUGAAUUAAAGCCAUAUAUUGCAGCUCACUUUGAAGUUCUUCCUACGGAGUUCACGUUGGGGGAUAAGAAACAUUACGGUGGCUUUGAGAAUAAGCAACUUCAGAGUGGUCAAGAAUAUGUCUUCUUUGUGCUGGCUGUAAUGGAGCACUCAGAAUCUACCAUGUAUGCAACCAGCCCAUAUUCUGAUCCUGUUGUGUCGAUGGAUCUUGAUCCCCAACCAAUUACAGAUGAGGAAGAAGGCUUGAUUUGGGUUGUUGGACCAGUUCUUGCAGUGGUGUUUAUCAUCUGUAUUGUUAUUGCUAUACUUCUUUAUAAAAGUAAACCUGACAGGAAGAGGGCUGAAUCUGAUUCUAGAAAGAGCAGCAUACCCAACAGCAAGGAGGUCCCCUCUCACCAUCCCACAGACCCAGUGGAGCUGCGACGCCUUAAUUUUCAAACUCCGGGUAUGGCCAGUCAUCCCCCAAUACCUAUCUUGGAACUUGCAGAUCACAUUGAAAGAUUGAAAGCAAAUGACAAUUUGAAGUUCUCACAGGAGUAUGAG